UUACCUUCCCCUGCGCCCGCCGCCUCCACCGGACCCUUCCAGCCGAGUGCGUGUAAUGAAAAAGAUGUUUAUAUUGAUGGGGAGGAUCAAAAACUUCUAAGCAGACGAUAAACCAAAGCAAAAUGAAGCCAACACAGAACCCAAGGCUCCUGGAGUCACAAAACGAUUCUGUGUAUAACAUGAGUCAUGCAAAACAGUUACCGGAGUUACCGCCCCUACAUGCUCCUGCUUCAGCUGCACCUUCAGAAUUGUACCAGGUUUUCCUUAAGGAAAACGCUUACCCUCCUUUGAUGCAACAAGCAUCGUGGACUUUAGCAGCUCCUUUCAAAGAACAGCGUUACUACCGAAGCCCAAGUGACUCCAUAGCUAAUAACUACACGCUUACUGCACGGGAUUUAAAAUUGAAAAAUGUGCACACAUUAAACUCCUCUUCAAUGCCAGGGACAUCUCUGGGUUCAGCCGAGCCGAGCACAGCCUCACUGCCUUCAAAAGAAUUUGAGCCUUCUAGGAAAAAGCUCAAACUUCUGCAAAGCAGUCAAUGGAAUUCUGAUAGCAGUAUACCAACUUUGUUAAACAGUUUGGAUCCCAUCUCACUGUGUGCACCUGCUCAUAUGCCAGAAUUACGUGUUAUACAUUAUACAGACAACCAGCCAUUGACCCCAGAAGAACAAUUUUUUGUCAUGCACUUACGUGAGAAGGAGAUAAGUAAGAGAGAAAAGCCACCUUCAGGAAAUGAUAUAGAGCGGUACUGUUACUACAUAUAUAAUGGAGUGCAGGAAGACAUGCUGGCACCUCAGGAUAAGGAAGUGAUGAAUGUAAUUUUAAAGCAUAUUCCGACCCACAUUCUUGCUAACAAAGACCUGGAGAAUUCACUUGCAAGUUUAAAAGAAGAGAUUGAGGCAGACUAUCGUAUCAGCCUCAUGAAAGCCAUUGUUGAUUACAUCUUGUUGGAUCCAGCUGAGAGAGAGAGACUGGUUAUUGGAAGUAUCCCACGCCCUUUUCCCCAGAGAGUUGUCCGAGCACCAGUCCCAUGGCACAACUCUUACCAAGAAAUGAAAAGCUGGAAUGAAAGGAAUCUAUUAAUAGUGAAUCCAUUGAUGCCCGCUUUGCAACAGCUCUGGCUUUCUGAGUAUAGUCAUCUAAGGUUUGUUCGCACUGAAGAAGUGCUUUGUGGAGACCUGCCACUGUUGCCCACUGAAUUUGAGGAGGUCAUUCGAAGACACUGUGUGGAAGCUCACGAUAUUCUUCAGAACAAGUGGAUCCCAACUUGUGCAUCCAUUUUCCGUGACCAAAAAGAGAAAUGGCUUCAUUUUGCUCCUAAAAAUGACUCUGAUUCCUUUCAGCAAGUUGAAAGUUAUUUUUGUUCGGUGGCAACUCUAAUGUCAUUACAGUUACGUGAGAUGGUUGUUAACUCCUUAGAAGAUCUUCUUGCAUUUUUUAUGAUUCACAAGGAGGGAAGUGAUUUUACAGAACCGUAUCAAGAAAUGCAGUUCUUUGUACCUCAGAUACUAACAGUCAAACUCGGUGUGGAAGAACCCAAGAUUGUCUUUGAGCCGCCUUUGAAAGAAUGUUGGGAUUUAAUCAGUCGUUGCUUAAGGGUGAUCCUGGACAGUGCCGAGGAACUUCCAAAGGUAGAAAGAUUUCUGUUUCCAGCACUAAAAAGAGAUGAUCUCACUCUCAGUACAGUCAAACCAGAGGAAUCAUUGUUUUCAGAGUAUGUGAACAAACUUGAAAAGAUCUUUGAGAGCAACACACUUGGUCCACAGAAGUAUUUAAACGUGUACAGGAAAUACAGCGAUCUUUUGAACAGCAAUGCACAGCAAGAUGUCACAGAUUUCUUGAAAGAAGGUCAUUCUUUAGAAGCUUUAGCAGAGAAGAUUGACAGCUUAACAGAACUGAAAAGAGAGAUUGCUUCCAUGCAUGUCACUGUCCCUCUGGCCAUGUUCUGUCUGGAUGCCGUACAACUGAAUGAGGAGCUCUGCAAUCGGACCCAAAAUCUUAAAGAUAGAUUGAUUGAAUUUGAAGUGAUGGAAAACAGAGAGUUAAAUGAAAGAAUUUGCAAAGAAUAUAACUCAAUUGCAAAUAGACUAAGCAUAGUGCCACUGAACACUGAAGAGAUAGUGGAAUCAGCUGCAUACUUAAAGAGAUCCAGUGAAGUUACUGUUCGUAAACUGAGACGGGAGGUCGCUGAAGCAACACACAGACUGGAAUUCCUCAUGGACUAUGCUGAUCUUUCUUUUUUCCAUUGGCCUGAACAGAUUGAGAUAAUCUUUGACAACACCAGAGAUCAGUUGCAUAACAGGAGGAAUGAAGCAGAGAUGGCUUUGCUUGAAAAGUGUUCUCAGUUUGAGGAAACUCUUGAAGGUUAUAAUAGAGAAGUAGAAAGCUACAAAAAGCGGGAUGUCAUGACCAUGGAAGAAAUGAAGAACAACACUGAGAAAUUUAAGGAGUUAAAUAAGAAUCUAGAUAAUGCACUGAAAGAAUUUGAGGCUAUUAAUAAAGAAGAGGAGUUACUUGAGCGGGAGAAGAGUCAAUUUCCUCUACUGCAAAUUAUAAUUGCAAACAAACAACCCUUUGAGCAACUUUGGGUAACAGCAUAUGAUUUCCAUACCAAAUCUGAGGAAUGGUUGAAUGGAUCUCUCCAGAAGUUAAAUGCUGAUGAAAUUACUGAAGAAAUUGGAAAUAUGUGGAGGACUAUGUACAAGCUCAGCAAGAGUUUUCCAGAUUUGCCUGGGCCUAGACGCUUAGCAGGAAGUAUGAAAUAUAAGCUUGAUAAAUUUAAACAGCAUCUUCCUGUCCUGUCAAUUGCCUGCAAUCGUGGAAUGAAGGAGAGACAUUGGGAGCAGAUUAGUGAAAUUGUAGGAUGUGAAAUCAGACCUGAUGAAACUACCACUCUUAAAAACAUACUGGAUUUUGGACUCUCAAAAUAUAUUGCUCAGCUGGAACCUAUUGGAGCAGCUGCAAGUAAGGAGCAUUCCUUAGAGAAAUCAAUAGAGAAAAUGAAAUCAGAGUGGGUCAACGUGCAGCUCGGUCUGGUGAAAUACAGAGAUACUGACAUCAGCAUCCUGUCAGCAAUUGACGACAUCCAGCUUUUGCUGGAUGAUCACAUUGUUAAAACUCAGACAAUGUGUGGCUCUCCCUUCAUCAAACCAAUAGAAGCUGAAUGCCGGGCUUGGGAAAAUAAGCUGUGUUUAAUACAAGAUAUUCUAGAUAGCUGGUUAAAAUGUCAGGCAACAUGGUUGUAUUUGGAACCAAUUUUUAGUUCAGAAGAUAUUAUAGCUCAAAUGCCUGAAGAGGGCAGAAAGUUUGGGGUUGUGGAUACAUACUGGAAGGACAUUAUGGCACAAGUGGUGAAAGACACAAAGGUACUUGUAGCAACUGAACAACCCAUGAUGUUAGACAGACUUCAGGAAGCAAAUACUCUCUUAGAAGACAUUCAAAAGGGGUUGAAUACUUACUUGGAGAAGAAAAGAUUAUUUUUUCCAAGAUUCUUUUUCCUGUCUAAUGAUGAGCUGCUUGAAAUACUGUCUGAAACAAAGGAUCCCCUUAGAGUACAACCACAUUUAAAGAAGUGUUUUGAAGGAAUUUCUAAACUGGAAUUCACAGAAGAUCUGGAGAUUGUAGGCAUGAUCAGUUCAGAGAAAGAAAUUGUUCCUUUCAUAGAGAAAAUCUACCCAGCGAAUGCAAAAGGCAUGGUAGAAAAAUGGCUUUUGCAAGUAGAGGAAAUGAUGCUGGCCAGUAUAAGACAAGUUCUUCAAGAUGGCUUAAAAGGCUAUAUCAAGGUUCCUCGAAAAACGUGGGUACUUCAGUGGCCUGGACAGGUGGUUAUUUGCGUUUCAUCCAUUUACUGGACAGAAGAAGUGUCUGAGGCUAUAAGGAAAGGAACUUUACCAGAUUUCUUGGAGAAGAGUAAUCUACAAAUUGGGGACAUCGUUGAGUUAGUGAGAGGAAAGCUGUCCAGUGGAGCCCGGCUGACACUCGGAGCUCUUACUGUCAUUGAUGUGCACGCUCGUGAUGUGGUUGCAAAAUUGGUUGAAGACAAAAUCACUGAUCUGAAUGACUUCCAGUGGAUUUCUCAGCUGAGAUACUACUGGGAAGAGACAGAUGUAAUAGUGCGAAUGAUUACAACAGAAGCCAAAUAUGGUUAUGAGUAUCUGGGCAAUUCUCUACGUCUGGUUAUAACCCCACUAACAGAUCGAUGUUAUAGGACAUUAAUGGGUGCCUUGAAAUUAAAUCUUGGUGGUGCUCCAGAAGGACCUGCUGGGACUGGCAAAACAGAAACAACAAAAGAUCUAGCAAAAGCACUAGCUAAGCAGUGUGUGGUCUUUAAUUGCUCUGAUGGUCUCGAUUACAAGGCAAUGGGCAAGUUCUUUAAAGGGCUGGCACAAUCUGGUGCAUGGUCCUGCUUUGACGAGUUCAAUAGAAUUGAGGUUGAAGUAUUAUCUGUAGUUGCCCAACAAAUACUUAGCAUCCAGCAAGCUAUUAUUCGCAAACUCAAAACAUUCAUCUUUGAAGGGACAGAGAUCUCUCUCAAUCCUUCAUGUGCUGUGUUUAUCACGAUGAAUCCUGGGUAUGCUGGACGGGCAGAACUACCUGAUAAUCUGAAGGCACUGUUCCGAACAGUUGCCAUGAUGGUUCCAGAUUAUGCUUUGAUUGGAGAAAUUUCACUUUAUUCAAUGGGAUUUCUGGACUCUCGGAGUCUUGCCCAGAAAAUUGUUGCCACUUACCGUUUGUGCUCAGAGCAGCUGUCAUCUCAGCAUCACUAUGAUUAUGGGAUGCGUGCUGUUAAAUCUGUCCUGACAGCAGCAGGAAACUUGAAAUUGAAGUACCCAACUGAAAAUGAAAGCGUAUUGUUACUUCGGGCUUUGCUGGAUGUUAACUUGGCCAAAUUCUUGGCACAGGAUGUGCCUUUGUUUCAGGGCAUCAUAUCUGACCUGUUUCCUGGAGUGGUUCUUCCUACACCCGACUAUGACCUGUUUGUCAAGGCACUAACUGAAAAUAUAAACAAAAUGGAUCUUCAGCCAGUUCCCUGGUUCAUUGGAAAAAUUAUUCAGAUAUAUGAAAUGAUGCUGGUGCGCCAUGGUUUCAUGAUUGUUGGAGAUCCUUUGAGUGGGAAGACCUGUGCAUACAAAGUGCUCGCUGGAGCCCUUGGUGAUCUGUACGCAGCAAAAUCCAUGGAUGAAUUUGCUGUUGAAUACAAGGUUAUUAAUCCCAAAGCAAUCACUAUGGGGCAGUUGUAUGGCUGUUUUGAUCCUGUAAGCCAUGAGUGGACAGAUGGAGUUCUUGCAAAUGCCUUCAGGGAACAAGCAUCUUCUGCCACAGACGAUCGGAAAUGGAUUAUUUUUGAUGGCCCAGUGGAUGCAGUUUGGAUAGAGAACAUGAACACUGUGCUGGAUGAUAAUAAGAAGCUAUGCUUAAUGAGUGGUGAAAUAAUUCAGAUGAAUUCAAAAAUGAGUUUAAUUUUUGAGCCGGCAGACUUAGAAGAGGCAUCUCCAGCAACUGUCAGCAGGUGUGGUAUGAUCUAUAUGGACUCACAACAGUUAGGCUGGAAGGCACUGAAGGAUUCCUACAUGAAUACACUGCCUCCAAACCUGCAGGAAGAACACCGAGAGCUGGUCAAUGACUUGUUUAUGUGGCUAGUCCAGCCCUGUUUAGAGUUUAUUCAACUUCAUUGCAAAGCUAUUGUACAAACGUCCUCUAGUCAUCUGAGUUAUAGCUUGAUGAAACUUUAUACUUGUCUGCUUGAUGAAAUAAAGCAAUCCGAGGAAGAAGAGAAGGAAAGCAUGUCUAGUCAGCAUAUCACCUUGUGGCUGCAGGGCCUUUUCCUUUUUGCUUUGGUUUGGACAGUCGGUGGGAUCAUCGAUGCAGACAGCAGAAAGAAAUUUGAUUUGUUUUACCGCAACUUGUUACUGGGAGUAAAUGAUGAAAACCCACGCCCUAAAAGUGUGAAGCUUACCAGAAACAAUAUCUUCCCAGAAAAAGGGAGUGUUUAUGACUUCUAUUUUCACAAGCAUGGUAGUGGGCAGUGGAAUGUGUGGAUGGAGUACAUCACAAAAGAAGAGCAAGUUAUCUCCCCAGGGGCUAAGGUAUCUGAGCUGAUCAUUCCAACAAUGGAAACAGCCAGACAAAUGUUUUUUCUUAAAACAUACGUGGAGCAUAAUGUCCCUUUGCUUUUUGUGGGUCCCACUGGCACUGGAAAAUCAGCUAUAACAAACAAUUUUCUAUUACAACUUCCAAAGCAAAAAUAUAUCCCAAGCUUCAUCAACUUCUCUGCAAGAACCUCUGCCAGCCAAACCCAGGAUAUUAUUAUGUCCAAGCUGGACAAAAGAAGAAAGGGAUUAUUUGGACCUCCUUCGGGGAAAAAAGCUAUUAUGUUUGUGGAUGACCUAAACAUGCCUGCAAAGGAAGUGUAUGGAGCCCAGCCACCUAUUGAGCUUCUCAGACAAUGGAUUGAUCAUGGUCACUGGUAUGACCAGAAAAAUAAAUCCAAGAUUGAUAUCAUAGACGUGCUGCUUGUUUCAGCUAUGGGUCCACCUGGGGGAGGCAGGAAUGAUAUUACAGGACGCUUCACACGACACUUGAAUAUUGUAUCUAUCUGUUCUUUUGAUGAUGACAUAUUAACUAAGAUUUUUACUGCAGUUGCUGACUGGCAUUUCAGCAAAGGCUUUGAGCCUAUGUUUCUAAGGCUGGGUAAGAUGAUGGUCCAAGCGACAAUGGUGAUGUAUAAAAUGGCAGUUGGUAAUUUUCUCCCAACUCCUUCAAAAUCCCACUAUGUUUUUAAUCUACGGGAUUUUUCCAGGGUUAUUAAAGGAGUGCUGCUCUGUCCACACACUCAUUUGCAAGAUGGAGAUAAACUGAUCAGACUUUGGAUUCAUGAGGUAUACCGAGUUUUCUAUGAUCGCUUAGUUGAUGAGGAGGACAGGAAGCUGUUCUUUCAGAUGGUACAAGAGACAACAUCAAAUGCCUUCAAGCAGAGCUUUGAUAAGGUACUGAGUCAUCUCUCGCCUACUGGAGAAAUCUCUGAUGAUGAUAUUCGCAGCCUGUUCUUUGGAGACUAUUUGAACCCGGACAGUAAUGUAAAAGUCUAUGAUGAAAUCACAGACUUAAAGCAACUGACAACUGUGAUGGAAUACUACCUUGAGGAAUACAACAACAUCAGCAAAGCACCGAUGUCCUUAGUCAUGUUCAAGUUUGCUAUUGAGCAUAUCUCAAGGAUAUGCAGGGUAUUGAAACAGGAUAACGGACAUCUGUUGUUAGUAGGGGUUGGCGGGAGUGGUCGACAAAGUGCUACCAAGCUGGCCACCUACAUGAACAGCUUUGAACUCUUUCAAAUUGAAAUUACGAAGUCAUAUGGCACCCAUGAAUGGAAAGAUGAUGUAAAACGAGUCAUGCUGAAAGCAGGUGUUGGUAACAAUAAUGUGUCCUUUUUGUUCUGUGAUAAUCAAAUAAAGGAUGAAGCAUUUGUAGAAGAUAUCAACAUGCUUUUAAAUACCGGUGAUGUGCCUAAUAUCUUUGCAACAGAUGAGAAAGCUGAAAUUGUUGAGAAAAUGCAAGGUGCAGCAAGGUUGGAGAACAGGAAAAUUGAAGCCACUCCCCUUGCUAUGUACAAUUUCUUUAUUGAAAGGGUGAAGAAAAAUUUGCAUAUUGUGUUAGCCAUGAGUCCUAUUGGAGAUGCAUUUCGGAAUCGAUUGCGGAUGUUCCCUUCACUGAUAAACUGCUGCACCAUUGACUGGUUCCAAAGCUGGCCCACAGAUGCUUUAGAAAUGGUUGCUAACAAGUUUUUAGAGGAUGUUGAACUCGAAGAUGACAUUAGAAAAGAGGUUGUGUCCAUGUGCAAAUAUUUCCAAGAAAGUGUGAGAGAGCUCUCCAUCAGCUAUUACGCUGUACUGCGAAGACACAACUAUGUGACACCAACUUCAUACCUCGAAAUGAUUCUUACCUUCAAGACUCUGCUGAAUAGCAAAAGGCAAGAGGUUGACAUGAUGAGAGCUCGUUAUCUCACAGGACUUCAAAAACUUGAAUUUGCAUCUUCACAAGUUGCAGAGAUGCAGAAAGAACUGACUGACCUUCAGCCUGAAUUAAUUCAAACUUCUGCAGAAACAGAAAAAAUGAUGAUCAAGAUUGAAAAGGAAACAGUUGAAGUAGAUGCAAAGAAGGAACUAGUGUCGGCAGAUGAAAAAGAGGCCAAUGAAGCAGCAGCUGUUGCUAAAGCUAUUAAGGAUGAGUGUGAAGGAGACCUUGCUGAGGCCAUGCCAGCUUUGGAGGCAGCACUUGCAGCUCUUGAUACCCUGAAUCCUUCAGACAUCUCUCUUGUGAAAUCCAUGCAGAAUCCACCUGGUCCUGUGAAGCUCGUCAUGGAGAGUAUCUGUGUCAUGAAGGGAACUAAACCAGAGAGGAAGCCUGAUCCAAGUGGCAGUGGUAAAAUGAUAGAAGACUACUGGGGAUCAUCCAGAAAAAUUCUUGGAGAUCUGAAAUUUCUUGAGAGCUUAAAGACGUAUGACAAGGAUAACAUUCCUCCUGCUAUAAUGAAGAAAAUUAGAGAGAAGUUUAUUGAUCAUCCCGAUUUUCAGCCGGCUGUCAUAAAAAAUGUCUCAUCUGCCUGUGAAGGACUAUGCAAGUGGGUGCGAGCCAUGGAGGUGUAUGACCGUGUUGCAAAAGUGGUUGCCCCAAAGCGUGAACGAUUGAGAGACGCAGAAGGAUUACUGGAAGUUCAAAUGCAGAAACUAAAAACAAAACAAGCAGAACUCAAGGAGGUAGUUGAUCGCCUCCAGGCUUUGAAUGAUGAGUUUGACAACAUGAAUGACCGGAAGAGAGAAUUAGAAAAUAAUAUUGCACUCUGUUCACAAAAGCUUGUGAGAGCUGAACAGCUCAUUAGUGGUCUUGGUGGAGAGAAAGAUAGGUGGACGGAAGCUGCACGAUUAUUAGGAAUCCGGUACAUAGACCUAAUAGGAGAUGUGUUGUUAUCAUCAGGAACUGUGGCUUAUUUGGGAGCCUUUACUGUAGAUUAUCGCCUAAAAUGUCAAAAGCAAUGGCAGGUCCUCUGCAAUGAAAAGAACAUACCAUGCUCCAGUGAUUUUAGCUUAAGUAAUACAUUAGGGGACCCAGUCAAAAUCCGUGCGUGGCAGAUUGCUGGAUUGCCAAUUGAUUCUUUUUCCAUUGACAAUGGCAUAAUUGUUUCUAACUCAAGAAGAUGGGCUUUAAUGAUAGAUCCUCAAAGGCAAGCUAACAAGUGGGUAAAAAAUAUGGAGAAAAAUAACAAGCUGUCAGUUAUCAAAUUAUCUGACACACAUUAUGUGAGGACAUUAGAAAAUUCUAUUCAGCUUGGAACACCAGUCUUGCUAGAAAAUAUUGGUGAAGAACUAGACGCUUUCAUAGAACCCAUUUUGUUGAAGUUAACAUUCAAACAACAAGGAGUAGAAUACAUGAAAUUAGGGGAAAAUGUAAUUGAAUAUUCAAAAGAUUUCAGGCUUUACAUGACAACCCGCUUAAGAAAUCCUCAUUAUCUUCCUGAAGUGGCUGUGAAAGUUUGUCUACUCAACUUCAUGAUUACGCCUUUGGGUCUUCAGGACCAACUGCUUGGAAUUGUAGCUGCAGAAGAAAAGCCUGAGCUAGAAGAAAAGAAAAAUAAACUGAUUAUAGAAAGCGCAGCCAAUAAGAAACAACUAAAGGAAAUAGAAGAUAAAAUCCUGGAGAUCCUUUCCCAUUCGGAAGGAAACAUCUUAGAAGAUGAAACAGCCAUUAAUAUUUUGUCUUCAUCCAAAGAGUUAUCUGAAGAAAUCUCUGAAAAGCAAAAAAUUGCCUCUGUAACUGAGAUGCAAAUAGAUUCUACUCGAAUGGGAUAUAAGCCAGUUGCUGUUCAUUCAGCUGUUGUCUUCUUCUGCAUCUCUGAUCUGGAAAACAUUGAGCCUAUGUACCAGUAUUCAUUGAUUUGGUUCAUUAACUUGUAUGUUCAAUCUAUUGCUAAAAGCAAAAAAAGUGAAGAUUUAGAAGAGAGAAUUAAAAACAUAACCGAGCAUUUUACAAUAAGCAUCUAUAAUAAUGUCUGUCGUUCACUGUUUGAAAAGGAUAAGCUGCUCUUCUCCUUCCUUCUGACGGUAGGCAUUAUGAAGGGAAAAGACCAAAUAGAUGAUGAUGUUUGGCGUUUCCUACUGACAGGAGGUGUUGCUCUUGAUAAUCCUCACCCCAAUCCAGCUCCAGAUUGGCUAUCUGACAAAUCCUGGGCUGAGCUCGUACGUGCAUCUAGUCUGACAAACCUCCACGGACUAAUGGAACACGUAAAAGAGAAUUUAUCAAAGUGGAAGGUAAUAUAUGACUCUGUAAGACCCCAUGAAGAAGCUUUCCCAGAUGCGUGGAACACACUGAUGGGGUUAGAUCGCAUGGUUAUUCUCAGAUGUUUGAGACCUGACAAAAUUAUUCCGGCAGUGCAGGAGUUCAUUGCAGAAAAUAUGGGAAGAACAUUUAUUGAACCACCUACUUUUGAUCUUGGAAGAAGUUACAAUGAUUCAAAUUGCUGUGCCCCUUUGAUUUUUGUAUUAUCACCAGGUGCUGAUCCUAUGGCAGGUUUGCUAAAAUUUGCUGAUGAUGUUGGCAUGGGAGGCACAAGCGUUCAAACUAUUUCCCUUGGACAAGGCCAGGGCCCAAUAGCAGCAAAAAUGAUUUAUCAGGCUAUUACUGAUGGAACCUGGGUAGUGUUACAGAACUGCCAUCUUGCAACUAGCUGGAUGCCUGCUUUGGAAAAAAUCUGCGAGGAAGUUAUAGUGCCUGAGAAUACCAAUGAUAAAUUCAGGUUGUGGUUAACUAGUUAUCCAUCAGAAAAGUUUCCUGUUAGUAUCCUCCAGAAUGGCAUCAAAAUGACGAAUGAACCUCCAAAAGGAGUCAGAGCGAACCUUCUUCGAUCAUACCUUAAUGACCCCAUCUCCGACCCUGUGUUCUUUAGCAGUUGCCAAAAGCCAGAAAUAUGGCAAAAACUGCUGUUUGGCCUUUGCUUUUUCCAUGCUAUUGUGCAGGAAAGGAGAAACUUUGGCCCACUGGGUUGGAAUAUUCCAUACGAGUUCAACGAAUCUGACCUCCGAAUCAGUAUGCAACAGAUCCAGAUGUUUCUGAAUGACUAUGAAGAAAUCCCAUUUGAGGCUCUGACGUACCUAACAGGGGAAUGUAACUAUGGAGGUAGAGUAACAGAUGAUAAAGACAGGCGUCUUCUCCUGUCCCUUCUUUCCAUAAUUUAUAGCAAGGAUAUAGAGCAGGACAAAUAUAUGCUUGCACCUGGAGAUGACUACUACAUACCAUCACAUGGACCAUAUGAGUCUUAUAUCGAAUACCUACGAAGUUUACCAAUUAUAACACACCCUGAAGUGUUUGGACUUCAUGAAAAUGCAGACAUCACCAAGGAUAACCAGGAGACUAACCAGCUUUUCAGUGGAGUGCUUCUGACUUUGCCUAGAGAAGCAGGGGGAGGUGGGAAGUCCCCUCAGGAAACUGUUGAAGAUUUGGCGCAGGACAUCCUAUCCAAAUUACCAAGUGCCUUUGAUAUUGAAGAGGUUAUGAAGGUAUACCCAGUACUUUAUGAAGAGUCCAUGAAUACAGUUCUUAGGCAAGAACUAAUUCGAUUUAACAGGCUUACUGAAGUUGUUCGGAGCAGCCUCAUUAAUUUACGCAAAGCCAUUAAAGGCCAAGUGUUGAUGUCAUCUGAACUUGAAGAUGUUUUCAACAGCAUGCUAGUGGGAAAAGUACCAUCAAUGUGGGCUGCCAAAUCCUAUCCAUCACUGAAGCCACUGGGAAGUUAUGUGUCCGAUCUCCUCUGUCGUUUGGUCUUCUUCCAGGAUUGGGUUAUCAAUGGGGUGCCAACAGUUUUCUGGCUCUCGGGAUUCUUCUUCACUCAGUCUUUUUUGACCGGUGUUCUACAAAACUACGCCAGAAAAUACACCAUCCCAAUUGACCAUAUUGGAUUUGAAUUUGAGGUAAUGAAACAGGAGCACACGAUGGACAAAAUGCCAGAAGAUGGGGCUUAUGUGAGAGGCCUUUUUUUGGAAGGUGCACGAUGGGAUAGAGAAUCCUUGGUAAUUGGAGAAUCACUUCCAAAAAUCCUUUAUGAUUCUUUGCCCAUAAUUUGGCUGAAACCUGGAGAAAGUUCCAGGUUUCUUCAUAUGAACAUCUACUCAUGCCCUGUAUACAAGACAAGUGCAAGAAGAGGUGUCUUAUCCACUACUGGCCACUCAACCAACUACGUUCUCUCGAUUGAACUCCCUUCAGACAAGCCCCAGAAACACUGGAUAAAUCGAGGUGUGGCAGCACUAUGCCAGUUAGAUGACUGAGAGUAUGUAAGUCAAAACACUCACAUAUUGUUAUUAAAAGAUAUACUUUACUCCCCAAUGGCUGCAAUUUUUUUUUUAUGUCGGGAUUUCCUGCUGACUUCAAAGCAGCUCUCAAUUUCCUUUGUUUUUUAGCCAUUAUCAGCCACUGAGCAAGAGUGAGUGAAAAUAGAACACUA